CAAUCUCAACACAGUUUUGUUAUAAAACAGAAAGCGAAAGAGAAACAGACAAAUGAAGAAGAAAAUGAAGAAGAAGAAGGUUCCAAAUUGUGGCAACCCAAAAUGGCAAGAUCAACCACAGCAUCAAAGAUGGUCAGCACCAGUGAACCUCUUUCAGAAAGCAGCAGUUCUAUAGAAUCGACAGAGGAUGCUGCCACUCAAAUGAGUGACCCUCACAGCUCUAGCAGAAGAUCCAGAAUAAUAUCACAGUCUUCCUCGAAAUUCCGAAGAAAUUCGGAUGUGGUUUUUUGCAAGAAGACAAGAAAUGCCUCAAAGAAGUUCUCCAUUGAAAGUGCACAGGGUGGAACCAAAUCUGUUGUGGGCUUACCAAAAAGAUCAACUGCGAUGUCCCACUCAAUGAGUCAAGAUACCAAAAAGAAAGAUCCCAUUCCAACAUUCAUUAAAACAUCUCCUAAUCGGAAAAAGCUUGAGGCUUUGCAACAAGAAAUUGAAUUCCUGAAAGAAACAUUUAAUCGCAGAAUCAGCCGGCAUAAUCCAAAAUUUGAGAAUGCUGAGAUAAAUGACUCCAAAGCAGAAAACUUGCAGCCAUUAACACAUCACUUUUCUUCAACAACAUCUACUGAUAAUCCCCCAAAUCCAUACAUCCCAACACAGAUAAACAAAUCUGCCAAAUAUCCUCCCAGACAUCCAGUCAUCAACAGCAAUGCUUCCUCAAAUCACCAAACUACAACAUUCUUCACAGAUGAUCCAAAAUUAAAUUUAGCCAAAUAUAAUAUUGAGAGGAACUCACAGAUGUCUUCAAGCCCAGAUCAUUCUGGCACCACUGGUGUUUAUCAAAUUAAACCCCAGCAACCCAAAACUAUGAUGAGGACAAUGAUGACUCCGGCCCCUAAUUUAGUAAACACCCCUUAUUACACUCCAAAUAGAAUUUAUCAUGGUAUAUAUAAAGAACGUCAACCUCCUCCAAGAGUUCAAGCAAUAUCAUGUAAUAAAUCUUCACAAUUCCAGCAAAGUAUAGACCAUUAUAAUGAUGGAACACAACCCCUAACAAAUCACAGAAGCUCUUCAAGGUUCGCAACCCCUAUGAUGGACAGCUUCAAAGAAAAUAUACAAUAUGGUUCUGCUCACUGGAACCAGCAAGUUGAACCAAAAUACAUUGCUGCACAAAGGUCUGGUGGUGAAAUGAGUAGUUUUAUUACCAAACCAUAUUCUAGUGCCAUUAUAGAAGACAAAUAUGACUAUGGUACUGCACCCCUCAUGCAAAGUAACAGAAACAAUGCAUUUUAUGCAUCACAAGAUGAACCAGAUGUGGGUACCAUGUAUUCUUUGGAUGACUGUUGUAAAGUUACCAAAUGCAUCCACCAUGGUCAUAUGUGUUCGGCAGCACCAAUAUAUCGGAAAGCCGACAUGAAUUCUCAAAUAUUUUGGGGAGGAGCUACAGAUCCCAGGAAUUGUCAGUUAAAGUUACUUUUAAGUGAUAUUCCUGAGCUAGGACAUGGAUUGAACCUGAAGCUGUUACAUUACCAAAUGGUUUUGAUGUUCUAA